AUGAGUUCGUGGCUCAACACAACGGCGACGCUGCAGAAUGUAACAACUCUGCCUGCGGGAAUCACAAGUGCCAGGGCUCUAGAAAUCAUACAAGAUCACAAUCUUCACAUGCAGUGUGAUCCUCACAUGGUCAAGUUCGAGUCUAUUCCUAAGCCAUCAAAGGUUGAGACUCCCACUAUCCCAGCCAACAGAGGGCUUGUCGCAAUAGGGGAGCCCGAGUACUACUCUGUGACGGAUAAGGUGCACACGCUCCCUGCUGGGUUGUGGGAUUCUAAUGUUGAGAGCACAAAUGAGUUUGUGAAUCUGGAAAAGGGCGUUUUCGUGAGGCUGUACAGCCCGCUCAAUGUGGUGAUGGAGACGGUCUGGACAGUGAGAGAGAAUGAGAGUGGCGGGAUCGAGCUUGUCGAGGAUGUGCUGAUCAAGGCAUCCAGACUGCUGGUUGGCACGGUGAAGAAUAUGUGCAGCCAAAACUGGACGACGUUUCACGGCAAGAUUGUGAACCUGAUGAAGGAGAGCCCGGCGUCAUCAUAG